AUGGAUGGUGGAAGUAGUCACUCUCGUUUAUUUGAAAAUCUUGCCUUGCCUCCCAUUUGUCGCGCUGUUAGACAUAUUAGGUUUAUUUAUUUACUUUUUAGAUUAACGGUAUAUCCCAAAUAUAUAACUUGGAACAGAAGGUAG